AUGGCUCCUCAACAUCUGAAGAGUGAUUGUGUUGGUUUCACUAGAUAUGAAGAUUUGAACUUUUUGCCACCUCCUCCUGUUUCUCAUCAACUUUCUCUGUCAAACACCUUUGGGGCAAUGGUUCAUCCUCAUUUUUAUUCUGGAGGGCAAGAUCACUCAGGUACUUCUUCUGAGAUGGGAUUUGAGCCUUUCAGCCCCUCAUCAUCCCCGCAAAGCAAGAAACCAUGGGGUUUUCAGCCUCUGGAAAAUGGGAGAACAAGAAAUCAUGGUGAUCAGUACCCUGUGCUUCUUGGGAUUGAUCAGAAAAAGGGCAUGCCUUUAAUUCUUGCUGGAGAGGAAGCUGAUGAAGGUAGAAGCCUUGCUGCUGCUGGGAGAACUGGUACUGGUGGGCAUACAAAGAGUUGUGCCAGAGGCCAUUGGAGACCUGCUGAAGAUUCGAAGCUCAAAGAACUUGUGGCCCAAUAUGGUCCUCAAAACUGGAACUUAAUUGCUGAGCAUCUUGAUGGCAGAUCAGGAAAGAGUUGCAGAUUGAGGUGGUUUAACCAGCUAGAUCCAAGGAUCAACAGAAGGGCUUUCAGUGAGGAAGAAGAAGAAAGGCUCCUGGCUGCCCAUAGACUUUAUGGCAACAAAUGGGCCAUGAUUGCUAGGCUCUUCCCUGGAAGGACUGAUAAUGCUGUGAAGAACCAUUGGCAUGUGAUCAUGGCUAGAAAACACAGAGAGCAAUCCAAUGUUUACAAGAGAAGAAAGCCUUCUUCACCUCAGGCCACCCAGCUUCCUAAGGAAUUUGAUCACCCUCCUGUGACCAAUUUUCAAAAGAAUACCUCCAGCACUGAAUCAACUGUCUCAAUAAGCACCAUUGACGACACUCAAUCUGCUUCAACAUGCACUGAACUGUCCCUCACUCCCUCCACUAGGCUACCUCUUAGCUUUUUUAGCAAGCUCCAUCCGUUUCAGCAACACCAGAACUUUGGAUCUCAGAUGGCCUCAUCAAGUGAUGGGGGUUCUGGCAAGAUCAUUGGCAAUGGGAAUGGCUUGUGCAAAACUGGACCUCUGGGAGGAGCUAUGAUGGGUGUGGACCAAUCUGGUCAUCAAUCAGAUUCAAACUCAGAAAUUUCAGGAGAUGAAUCAGUCACCACCACUAGGACCAAUGUGUCAUUGUCUGGGGAAAAUCAAAACCAAAAUCUGAAUAAUAAUGAGAAGAUCAGCAUGCCCUUCAUUGAUUUUCUUGGAGUGGGCACGGGUUAA